AAACACAUGCAAAUUGUAAACAACAGGAACAAAGAGUGUUGAUGAUUGGACUCCUUAGGAUUUGGCUAAUCCUGACUUCAGUGUGACUUGGUUUGAGUUCCAACAUCAUGGUUGGCAAAAAGCCACCCACACCGGGUUGUUCCUCAAGGAAGACUCCAGGAGAGCCUGCCCUGGCCCAGAGAUUGCGAAGGAAUAUUUCACCCAAAAACUUGGACUUGACUGCAGGUCUGUCAUGGCGCGAGGAGCGGGAAUUAAACAAGGCAUUAUAUGCUUCUUUACAAGAGACUAAAAAACUCACCCUCAAAUCAGAGCUAGAUCUAGACUCCCCAUUGGUACCUUCAAACAGUAUACCAAGACGGAACCUUCUAGCCCGAGUUUUGCCAAGGCGUCAGUCUCCCAGAUCCAGUAAGCCUGUGGCACCUGUAAAGUCCAACAUGUCGAUGCGUAGUCCCACUCUGCCUCCACCCUCAGACAAAAGACUUAAGUCUCAGCACAGCAUCGGAGGAGACGAGAGUAGCCAGGACUCGAUGCGGUCAUCGACCACCAGCUGUUCCAAUGAUGACCUAAAAGGGAGGACAAAGGUUAGGGCUCAGAGGAAGUUUGCUCAGAUGCAUGCCUAUGGUAACACAAUGGUGCCCUCACAGCAUACGCCAGUCAAACAAAGCAGCAAGACCUCUUCACCCAUCAAAGUCUUUCCCAAACGAGCCAAGACAGAAGAUUUCCUUACUUUCCUCUGUCUGAGAGGUAAACCUGGAAAACCAGUCCUUCCUCCACAUUUGGACUUCUUUAACUUCUCCCGAGAUGAGGGCGACACUAGCCUGCCACCAACUCCUCCCAAUCGAAGUCGUGUUUUUGUGCGCGAGAGUUCCCCGUCCUCCAGCAGUACUAGCUGUAGUAACGUACCUGAUGAGGUGGCGGAUUCACCGGCACCUUUGGUGAUGCCACCUAGCGGCCGUGUGACACCAAGCAGAAAGGCCGCCCGAGCAUGUGCUGGCACUCCUGAGACUGCAAGGGGGCUGGCAAGCUUUCCUUCCCGACAAGGUCAGAGGUCACAGGCCACCUCCAAGAGACGACAAGGCUAUACAUCACCUGCUAUAACACCUGCAAAGUUGACCCGGUCCUACAGGAAUGGGACGCCUUCCCCCAUGAAAGGCACUAGAGGUAAAGCAAGUCCUGGAAAGAUGACCGAUGCAGAGCGUCUGUGUAUCAAGAGAAAGGCGAUUGCGACAUUGACCUCUUCAAAACUUUCUCCUGACAAAAAAAGCAGGCGUAAGUCUCUUUUUGUUGACCAGUCAGAGAUGGAUGAAAAACCAGGGAGACAACGCCAGACCAAGGUAACCAGUGAUUCGGACACAAGUAGUGUAGUGAGCGUUACUAACAGCUGUGGUCAAGAGGCCAGAAACGGUGAAGGGGUUAGUAGAUCCUGUAAUGUAGUAGACAUUAACCUGCCUGAAGUGUCUAGUCCCAGUAUAGCUGAUGUAGUGUAUGCAUGUUCUAUCACUCCCAUAGCAAAGUCUACCACAGCAUGUUGUACAUCCAACUCUCCUACUACUUGUUCAGAUGAUGAUGACAGUAAGACAUCAAAGCUAUAUUCAUCGGGUAUGAUACUGCCUGCAGGAUUGAAGUCUAGUCUCAUAAAUAAAUUCUGUUCCUGCCAUACCCAAACCCCUUCUCUAUCUUCAGAGGAGGUUAUUCCCUGUACAGAGGCGGUUAUUCCCUGUCCUUCAGAAACCCCUUCGAUAUCUGUAGAGGAGUCCAUUCCCUAUCCUACAAAGACCCUUUCUGUAUCUGCAGAAGGUGCCGUUCCCUCUCCUACAACACAAACCCAUUCUACCCAGGACGUGAUUUUCUGUCCUACCAAAAUCCAUCCUGUAUCUUCUGAGGACGUAGUUCCAUACCCGACCCAAACCCAUCCUGGUUCUACUGAGGAUGUAGUUUCCUACUCUACCCAAACCCAUCCUUUAUCUAUCGAGGAUAACAUUCCCUACCCUACCCGUACCCAUCCUAUAUCUACUGAGGAUGUAGUGUCCUGCCCUACCCAAACCAAUCCUAUUUCUACUGAGGAUGUCAUUCCCUGCCCUACCCAAACCAAUCCUAUAUAUACUGAGGAUGUCGUUCCCUGCCCUACCCAAACCAAUCCUGUAUCUACUGAGGAUGUCAUUCCCUACCCUACCCGAACCCAUCCUGUAUCUACUGAGGAUGUAGUUCCCUUCCCUACCCAAACCCAUCCUGUAUCUACUGAGGAUAUCAUUCCCUGCCCUACCCAAACCAAUCCUAUUUCUACUGAGGAUGUCAUUCCCUGCCCUACCCAAACCCAUCCUGUAUCUACUGAGGAAAUAGUUCCCUGCCCUACCCAAACCAAUCCUGUAUCUACUGAGGAUGUCAUUCCCUGCCCUACCCAAACCCAUCCUGUAUCUACUGAGGAUAUCAUUCCCUACCCUACCCAAACCAAUCCUUUAUCUAUCGAGGAUAUCAUUCCCUGCCCUACCCAAACCAAUCCUGUAUCUACUGAGGAUGUAGUGUCCUGCCCUACCCAAUCCAAUCCUAUAUCUACUGAGGAUAUCAUUCCCUGCCCUACCCAAACCAAUCCUGUAUCUACUGAGGAUGUAGUGUCCUGCCCUACCCAAACCCAUCCUGUAUCUACUGAGGAUGUCAUUCCCUGCCCUACCCAAACCAAUCCUGUAUCUACUGAGGAUAUCAUUCCCUACCCUACCCAAACCCAUCCUGUAUCUACUGAGGAUGUAGUUCCCUGCCCUACCCAAACCAAUCCUUUGUCUAUUGAUGAUGUAGUUCCCUACCCUACCCAAAUCAAUCCUGUAUCUACUGAGGAUGUCAUUCCCUACCCUACCCAAACCCAUCCUGUAUCUACUGAGGAUGUCAUUCCCUCCCCUACCCAAACCCAUCCUAUAUAUACUGAGGAUGUCAUUCCCGGCCCUACCCAAUCCCAUCCUGUAUCUACUGAGGAUGUCAUUCCCUGCCCUACCCAAACCCAUCCUGUAUCUACUGAGGAUGUAGUUCCCUGCCCUACCCAAACCAAUCCUAUUUCUACUUGGGAUGUCAUUCCCUACCCUACCCAAACCCAUCCUGUAUAUGCCACGGAUGCCAUUCCCUACCCUACCCAAACCAAUCCUAUAUCUCCUGAGGAUGUCAUUCCCUACUCUACCCAAACCAAUCCUAUAUCUUCUUGGGAUGUCAUUCCCUUCCCUACCCAAACCAAUCCUAUAUCUACUGAGGAUGUAAUUCCCUACUCUACCCAAACUCAUCUUGUAUCUUCUGAGGAGAUAAUUCCCUGCUCUUCCAAACUGCUUGAUUCAAGUGACUCCCUCCCAAGGCCAUUUCCAGCAUAUGUGCCACUUUUCUCAACAUUUGGCCCUUUUGUUAAAGAUAGAUUCAAUACAGAGUCUGUGAAGAGUGAGUGCCAAUCUCGCUACUUAGAUAUAGAGGUCAGGAAAAAUUCCGAACAUGAUAUCCCUUAUUCUUACCAGUCCCAACCUGUAUUUGACAGCAAUCCUAACAUUCAUGCUAGUGAGACACUCUUGAAGAGUGAAUCCGAAAACCAAAUGCAUUUCAAUCUUUCACCAUGUUUGAAAGUUUCGUCUGAUAACAUAUUCCAUUCAGAAAUGACAUUGGAAAAUACAGAUAAAUCAACACAAACUGAGACAGACACCUUGCCUAGUAUGUCUGACACUGCCUUGGCAGGUCUAGGAGAUGACAGUCCUUCUGCAGAUAAGAUAAAGAAAGUAGUCACUUUGCCCCAGCAGAUCGUAAAAAUGACCACCCCAGUGUCUGUAGGUUGUGUUGUCAAUAUUGACGACAGUGGGUUCAUUGACGGCUGUUUAGACUCCCCAACGCUGACAUCACCAUUCCCUAAAUCUCUUCCCAAACAUAAAGGAAUCCUUGCCAAGUAUAAAUACAAAACUUCAACACCGUAUUUAAAGUCAAAAACCAGAAAAGAAACAUUCGUUUCGUUUCUUCUCCCUCCAAUGUCAGCCUCACCAAAGGUUCAGUCUCAUGCUCAGACUCUACAUAAAUCUCCUGUCAAAGCCUCUUCUACAUCAAAAAUCAUGCGUAUAGACCCACCCACAUCCAAUGUGAUAGCUCCACCUGCCUGCCACAUGAUAGCCUCGCCCACAUCAAACUUCACAACUUCACCCGUAUCUGAACCUUCGUUCAGUGGAAAGUCUGUGGUUCAUGCUAGGGUCAAUAAUUGUCCAAUCAGAGCUAGUGCCUCCAUUUUGCCCCAUCCUGCCCCACCUUACUCUGUCCUAACCUCAAUUCGUGAACAGAAACUGGCAAUGAAGUCCUUGGAUGCGGUUUCUAUUCUGUCUAGUGCUAAUGAGAUACAGCCAAGUGAUGGGUUACGACCCUCUGUCAGAACACUGUUCCCUCCGCCCCCCACCCUCUGUUAUAGAGGGAUACCUCAAUAAACAGAAUUGGUGUCAGAAUAGUGUACCCUGUGCUACAGGGGUACAGUAUUUGUGAACAGAAACAGAGUAGCCUCCCUUACCCAAGCUUAAAACUAUAGGGGAUACAGCUUGUGUGUACACAGUGUAGUCUCU